AUCCAGAUAUCAAUCAAUAUCAAAUCGCCUUCCAACGCAUUUUCUUUCCCAAACCAUAACGUGAGACUUCGAAAUAGAUAUAUUUCAAUACCCACUGAACAGACCACACCACACUUCAAUCAGAACACCAACAGCCCACCCCCAAACCCGCCAAAAUGUCCGAGAGAAAGGUUCUAUCUAAGUACUAUCCGCCAGACUUUGAUCCAAGUGCAAUCGGGCGAACGCCAAAAGCUCUCAGGCAAAGUGGUCCAAAGGUCAUAACGGUUCGCCUCAUGGCACCUUUCUCUAUGAAAUGUACUGGGUGUGGAGAAUUUAUCUACAAGGGUCGCAAGUUCAACGCGCGCAAAGAGACGACAGAGGAGAAAUACUUUUCGAUUCCCAUCUAUCGCUUUUACAUCAGAUGUACGCGUUGUAGCGGCGAGAUUACAUUCAAGACGGAUCCGAAGAACAUGGAUUACACGGCGGAGAAGGGGGCAAAACGAAAUUUCGAGCCGUGGCGUGACCCGAAGAGUGAAACCUAUAAUGAGACGGAGGAGCAGUUGCUGGAUCGGUUGGAGAAGGAGGAUAACGAGGAGCAUGAACGGGCGGAGCGGGAUAAGAUGGCCGAGUUGGAGGAGAAAAUGCAUGACUCGAAGAGGGAGAUGGCCAUCGCGGAUGCGCUGGAUGAGAUUCGGACCAGGAAUGCCAGGAUCGAGCGGAAUGAAGCCCUGGGCGACGAGGCGGCGCUUGCGCACGUGCGAGAGGAAGUAGACGAGGAGAAGUUGAAGGCUGAGAAGGAGAUCGAGGAGGCAGCGCGGAGGGCAUUUACCACAGAGACUGGGGAGAAGGUGAAGAGGCUUGUUGAGGAUGAAUAUUCCAACGGAGCUACGCCGGAGCCCAAGCAGAGUGAGGCGCCGCCUUCGUUCGUACGAGUGAAGAAGGCUAAGAAGCCAUUGCCGAAUAGUUUGGGCAUUAAGAAGAAGGUGAAGCCAUCGCUGGUGUGAUUCUCUUCGUUGGGAUUUGUACAUCUCGAUAGUCUUUGGCGUUUGGCUGGGGGGGUUUACAUGGGAUAUAGCUGUCUACGAGCAUUAUGACUAAAUGAUACGAACUGACUGCCAAAUUAUUUUGAUUCGUAG